UGACUACCACGUUCCAUAUGUUGAGGAGAUAACCUACACAAGCGUCCGCUAUUUUCUUUUUAUCACCGCCAGGCGUCGCCACAUACUGACUGCAGCGUGUGCGCGCGGUCGUGCACGUGCGCGCUCGCGCGUCUCGCACAGGUGCUCUCGGAUUUGUGUUUGUGGCUGCGCUGCGCUGCGCUGCGCUGCGUUCAGGUGUCCCGGACGAGACCUCAGGAAGGAUUUUUGCUUUUUUUUUUUUUUUUUUUUUUUUUUUGCGCUGGACUUUCUUGUCACACGAAGCCAACUCGCGUCUUGUUUGCUCGACAUUUGAAACCUGCGUCGAGAUUUCUCAUCACGGGAAUCUGAUCAGGAACGCCAUGGCGUCCGACGUGAGCCGACCCGCCGGCUGCGGUCCGGCGGUGUCGUCGAUCUACUACAAGCUCUGCGACCUGGGCGCGGCGUGGGGCGUGGUUCUGGAGGCGUUGGCGUCGGCCGGCGUCGUGGUCAGCCUGGUUCUGUUCGUGGUGCUGUUUGCCAACGUGCCCUUCGUGCGGGACCCCGACCGCAGGAACGCCGUGGGCCUGCACGCCCUCUUCCUGGCGUGCGCGGCCGGCCUCUUCGGACUCACCUUCGCCUUCGUCGUGGCGAAGAACUUGUCCACCUGCGCGUCACGCCGCUUCCUGUUCGGCGUUCUCUUCGCCGGCUGUUUCUCGUGCCUCCUGGUUCAGGGCGUGCGGCUCAACGCCCUCGCCAGGGCCAAGCGUGCCCCGCGCGGGCGGGCCUCGUGCCUCGCCGCGUUGGCCCUGUGGACGGUGGAGGUGCUCAUCAACGCCGAGUGGCUGAUCAUCACGGCGGCCCGCCACCCGCCGGGGCCGGGAAACUCCACGGCCCGGGCCGACGCCGACGCCGACCCCGACGCGGCCGCGCCCUGCGACGUGGCCAACGCGGACUUCGCCAUGGCGCUGAUCUACGUGAUGGCGCUCCUCGUCGCCGCCCUGGGCGCGGGCCUGGGCGCCGUGGCGGGGGAACGCAAGCAGUGGAAGAGGGAGGGUGCCCUCAUCCUGGCGUGCGCCCUGCUCAGCGUCGGGAUCUGGGCGGCGUGGAUCGCCGUGUAUGUCCACGGGAACCGGGCCGGUGGCGGACCCCGCUGGGAUGACCCCACGCUGGGCGUCGCCCUGGUGACCAACGCCUGGGUCUUCCUGGCGCUGGUCACCGUCCCGCAAGUGUGCUGUUUGUCCGGCGACGGAGACUGCGGCCCCGACGUCGGCGAGACGCCGUACCCGGCUCGGGGCGUCGGCUACGAGAACAUCUUGAAGGACCUGAACCCCGACGGCGUCCUUGCGGAAAACACGGACAACAAAGCCUUCUCCGUGGACGAGCCCGGGCAAGGCGCCAAAGUUGCGUCCCCGUACAGCGGCUACGCGGGCCAGCCGCGGAGUUGCGUGUACCAGCCCACCGAGCUGGCCCUCAUCACCAAAGGCCGCGCCGCCGCCAAUCCGCCGGCAACGUCCCACGACUCCGCCGUUCCCAGAGCGUCGGGCGGCGUCGCCAACGUCGCGGGCGAGUCCUCUUUCGGAAACGGCGUACGUCUACGUGUUCCGUACUUGUUACUGUUUAGCAGGCGAACCCGUCGUACGCGACGCGUCAGUGGUGAAGCCGCCGUCCGUCUCGACGUCCUGCGCGCCGACUGCCGCCGCGGCGAUGGUCCGGACGCGGCCGCGUGGACGCCCUUCGGGACCCCCUUUGACCUUUUGGCCUUCUCUCCUCGGUUGCGAUGAGGCAAGAAUGGAAAAAGGAAGGCGGGACUUUGCAUACGUUGUGUUUUGUUGUCUUUGAUAUUCAUGUCCUUUAUGGUCACGUGCACCCGUGCGUCCAAACUCCACAAGACACGACACUUUAGAAUAUUAACAUGAAACCACGCUCCACUAUACCUAAGCUACACAAUACUACUACAUUGUACAAUAUACAACACUACACUGUAGAAUCGAGAGUACAGCAUAAGACUAAAUGACAGCACAUGACAGUAUACGGCGUGGUACUACAGUACAAUUUGCAAUACUGCCAAUUUGUCCACAUUCCAGGACUAAUAAAGGUUAUUUUAUCCGAAGAAACAACUUGACUGCUUAUUAAGUAACAUUUGUGGAAAGGAGUUCACAACACUUAACCGGCCUUGGCAAGUGUUCGUCUUGCUGUAAAUAAUAUAGAAUGUACACACACACACACACACACACACACACGUGCUUCCACGUGGAAAUGCAAAGUAAACGUGUAAGCGUGAUCGUGUUGAACACGUGAGGUGAGUUUUGCGCAUAGGAUCGCUGUGACGUCGGCUUUUCAAUAGUUUGGUUCUGGAAUAAAACCACAUCUGCUCAUUUGUUGUCGUCGCAACGAGUCUGCCGAACCUCGCGGGAAGUGCAGGAAACGAAGUACUCGAGGUCCUGGAAGGACUCUGCUCGCCUGCUUCCUGUUGCCAAGCGACGCGCUCGCGUGUGUGAAAACAAAACAAAAACAAUAAGACAACCGUCAGAAGUCCAACUUCUCGCUGACGUUUCCGGCUCGACGCGUCGACGAUGCUGCGGAGGUUGUCGGUGCGUUCGCGGGAGGAGGAAGCACAACAAUGUGGUCUUUGUGCCCUCGGAACAAAGACGCCGCUGUCAAGGAAACCUUGAGCGGGACACCUGAACGCCUCAUCUGCACGCGAGACUCAACAAAAAACAAGAAACCAAGCCGAAAGGACGAAACUGGUUCCGCUCUGCGUGUGUUUGCGGGAGUGUGCGAAAUGUGCAUUUUAUAGUCCAGUCCAGCAAGGAAAAAAAAACCCUGUUCCGCUGCAAAGAAGAACUAACACUACUGCGGUUUAGCGAGGACUUUCGAGCGGCUCUUCUUGUGUAUUUGGAUGUCCGUGUUG